AUGAAAAGGUACACCUCCGCACUUGGUCAGGAGAAGGACUGCCACUGGCCGCUCAAUGGCAUCUACUCUGUGGAACCGCAGGAUCAGCUGGAGUCCAUACUGCAGAAACACAGUGCAGUGUUCAGCGACACGAUCUCAGGACACACAGGUGCACCAGUAGACCUGGAGCUUAAAGACGACGCCCGGCCUCAGUUUCAGAAGGCACGACCUGUGCCAUUUGCUUUGCGUCCGGCAGUGGAAAAGGAACUUGAGAAGUGGGAACGGCAGGGCAUAGUCACACCUAUUCAGCAUUCGGACUGGGCCACUCCUGUCGUAAUAGUACGAAAAAAAGAUGGCUCCAUAAGAAUGUGUGGAGAUUACAGGAGCACUGUGAAUCUGAUGACUAAGAAAACAGCCUAUCCAUUGCCGACAGCAUCGGAAGUGCUGGCUAACCUACAGGGUGGAAAACUUUUCUCUACGUUAGACCUGGCACAGGCAUAUCAACAACUCCAAGUAACGCCGGAGACAGCACACAUAUUGACCUUAAACACAGUAAAAGGGCUAUACGCAGUCAAGAGGCUGCCUUUCGGAGUUGCCGCAGCCCCUGCAAUAUUUCAACGUUUCAUGGAGACCGUGCUUGCAGGCAUAGAAGGCACAAGUGUGUACUUAGAUGAUGUGAUAGUGUCAGGCUCCACUAAGGACGAGCAUUAUAAUCGUCUUGAACUUGUUUUGUCACGGCUCGAGCAGGCCAACUUACGUCUGCGAAAAGAUAAGUGCCGUUUUGCAGUUCCGGAAGUAUGUUAUCUAGGGCAUCGGAUCGACGCUUAG